GUCCGCAAGCGGAGUGGAUCGGUGGCGUUUAUCCAGCAGAAGCUGGAACGAAGGAGCGGCGACCAUGGCUUCUCCUGUCACCACCGUGUUGUCGACUGUAGCCAUUCUGCUGGUUCUUCUUCCGUGCAGUAGCGGCCAGAUUAUGCCCGUGGUUCGAAUAACCCCACCCACCCAGACUGUUCUGAAUGGGACUAUUGCAGAACUAGUGUGCGACACCACAGCUGGUACACCACCAUUCCUCUUCUCGUGGUUCUUGUCCUCAACUGCGAUCACGGUGGGCGUCACGAGCAACACUACGACGUCCACACUGCUGGUUGAUACGGCCAUGAUGCAGACCAGAUCACGUUCCUACACAUGUAGGGUGACGCUGGAUCAACCACUCCCGGCCAAUCAGCUUUCUGGAACGGACGUCGGCAUUCUGCUGACGGACUUCCCACCCGUGGUCUCGGUCAAUGACGUCACUGGAGUCGCCGGUGAACGAAUUGAAAUCGUGUGUCGCGUCCUCAGCGAUCCACCACCGACGGCGACUCAAGGUGUUUUGGUAUUGAGCAGCGGUAUGGUGGUGGGACCUAUUUCGAUUGCCUUUGGCAGUGGGACGCCACGCACUACUAUCUUUACUUUCCAUAUCCUGACGGCCAACCCAGCCCUUCAUGCAGGCCCGGCAGUCUGCCGCACCAGAGUAACUCUUGAUAGCGGAACAGAAGAGGUUAACGGUUCCUUCAACAUUGCUGUUCUCGUCGUUAUGCCCGUGGUUCGAAUAACCCCACCCACCCAGACUGUUCUGAAUGGGACUAUUGCAGAACUAGUGUGCGACACCACAGCUGGUACACCACCAUUCCUCUUCUCAUGGUUCUUGUCCUCAACCGAGAUCACGGUGGGCGUCACGAGCAACGCUACGACGUCCACACUGCUGGUUGAUACGGCCAUGAUGCAGACUAGGUCCCGUUCCUACACAUGUAGGGUGACGCUGGAUCAACCACUUCCGGCCAAUCAGCUUUCUGGAACGGACGUCGGCACUCUGCUGACGGACUUCCCACCCGUGGUCUCGGUCAAUGACGUCACUGGAGUCGCCGGUGAACGGAUUGAAAUCGUGUGUCGCAUCCGCAGCGAUCCACCACCGGCGUCGACUCAAGUCGUUGUGGUAUUGAGCAGCGGUAUGGUGGUGGGACCUUUUUCGAUUUCCGUUGUCAGUGGGGCGCCACCGGCUACUACCUUUUCUUUCCAGAUCCAGACGGCCGACCCAGCCCUUCAUGCAGGCCCGGCAGUCUGCCGCACCAGAGUAACUCUUGAUAGCGGAACAGUAGAGGUUAACGGUUCCUUCAACAUCGCUGUUGAUGUUCUGUUACUGGAUGGAAGUGGCACGGUGUUCCGAACAAUGUACCGCGAGAACCAGCUUGCUCCCACCAUUCUCUCACUGCAGCAUUCAGCCUCUCUGGUUGGAGAGUCAGCCGCCUGCCAGACGUCCAUAGAGCUAACAGCGUCUUCUGGUACCUUGGAUGAUGUGGCAUUCGAGAAGAUCUUCCCCACCAAGGCGGUGACGUCACCUAAUAUUAUGAAGACAUUCUUACCGAGAGAAUUGUUGUACACGUCAACAGAUGGUAUGCCAAUCUCGACCGAGGACAUCUUGACCAUUGUUCAGAACACGGAGUACGCGAACACUCGCGACGAAAUAUCCAUGGCCGACCGCGUGGUACUUUGGGAACUUCGAGACUGCGAGAACAACGUCAUAGCGACAGCAGAAACAUUCAUUGAAAUCGAACGUGUCAACGACAACCCACCUGUGGUGAUAUUCAACAUUUCUCCAGGCAUCGUGUGACGAGCAGAAUAUUAGCUAAUGCCAAUGAUGUAAAAUUCAAGAAUUCGUAAUAUUUGUGGGCCGUGCUAACUGGCAUCCACCUCUCUGCAGCAUUUUACCUCGCUAUUUUUGUUACUAUUUACACGCAAUGGGCAUAGUUAAAUCGCUACUCGUGGAGUUCGUCAGCUGCUACUUCGAAGUAGAUUCUUUUUUAAUUCUUUCAAUAGCUAUCUUUCUCUAAUUUUCGCUUCCAGUCUCUCUCUCCCUCUCUCUCUCUCUCUCGCUCGCUCGCUCGCUCCCACUUCUGUCUCUCCUUUGCUCUCACCUCUCUCUCUCUCUCUCCCUCACUUUCUCCCCCUUUUUUCUCUCUCACUCUCGUUCACUUUCUCUCUCUCUCUCUCUCACUUUCUUUCCUAGAACCUCUUUCUUUCCUAUUCCCAUCUGACACUAGUUUCUCCUAGUCUAGUGCUGUCCACACUCGGCAUCUCUUCUCGAACCAAACAAUUCGAACCCUUCAACUAUCUGGAUUUUCCUACUCCCAGGUCGCUUAUGCAGGUUUACAUUGCAGCUUGUUUGACGUGAUCUUGAAGUAAUCACAAGUGUUUAAUUUUGUA